AUGCUUCACUGUGAAGAUGGACAAAGCGGACCCACGUAUGAUUCUCUACAGGAAGUCAUUGACAGGAAAUCAUUCAGACCUUCUGUCAACCUCAGCAACCCCACCAUAACCAACAUCUCCUUCACUCUGUAUGCUAUAUUGGGGGUGAAUGAAAAAGCACAGAUUCUAACCACCUUCCUCUGGCUCAGACUGUACUGGUUUCAUGAGUUCCUGCUUUGGGAUCCAGAACGCUGUGAUGGAAUUGAGAAAAUCUCGCUUCCUGUAAAAGAUCUCUGGAUGCCUGACAUUAUCAUUUACGAGUUUGUGGAUGAUGACUUAUCUCAGGCUUGCCCAUAUGUUUACGUAAACCAUACGGGCCACAUCCGCUAUGACAGGAUGUUGAGGUUGGUUAGCGCCUGCAAUCUUCAGAUCUUCAGUUUUCCCUUCGACAUACAGAACUGCUCUUUCACCUUCGGAUCCUACAUGCACACCAUAAAGGAUGUCCGUGUCAGUCCUGCUCUGUCCUUUGACGAGAUGACACAGAACUCAAAACAAUACCUGGCGGCCAGUGGAGAGUGGGAGCUGGUGGCAAUCUUUGGCAAAGCCGGGAUUCAGAAUUUCGGAGUAGACGAAUGGGACAUCAUCACUUUCUGGGUGGUGAUAAAGCGACGGCCAAUACUUUAUGUGGUGAACCUGAUCAUCCCCAGCACUUUCCUCAUGAUCGUUGAUAUCCUGUCUUUCUACCUGCCACCACACAGCAUGGACCGCUCUUCCUUCAAAAUGACCCUCAUUCUGGGCUACACAGUGUUUCUAUUGAUUAUGAAUGGCCUGCUACCCGGCACUGCAAAUGGAACGCCUUUAAUAGGUAUCUAUUUCUCCGUGUGUCUGGCGCUUAUGGUCCUUAGUCUACUGGAGACUGUCAUCAUUACCUGCAUUCUCCAUCAUAAAAACAUGAAGCACAGGGAGGUGCCGCACUGGGUACAGGUGGUGGUGAUGGGGUUCAUUGCUAAACUCAUUUGCUACAGUUUUCCUGAUGACCCCCCAUCCAAACUUGGAGAGAAACAGGGCAAUCACUUGGACGUCAAACCCUCAGAGUCAACCUCCACUCAACAAAAAACCUCAGGAGCCAUGACACUGGAGUUGCCUGAACUCAGACAGAUUAGUAAGUAUCUUAGAGAGAUGCAUUCGUAUUUGUCCAUUCUACGAAGGGAAGAUGAACUACAGGACCAGUGGUGCCAUGUGGGCUACAUCCUCGACUUCCUCCUGUUCCGCAUUUACCUGCUGAUAAUCACGGGCUACGGACUUGUCAUUAUAUGCAUGUGGUGCAUUUGGAUGAACCGUUAG